AUUCUUUGAGUCAUUAAACCAGCUCAGUAGAAAUGGCCGAGUUGUCUUCUUGUGGAAAGCUCUUUAGGAUUCUGUUCUUGAUCUUUAACUUUAUCUUUUUGCUCAUUGGCAUAGCUAUAUUCGCCCUGGGGAUAUAUCUACAGGUCACCACACAGACCUAUUCUUUCUUCACGGGAAGUGAUGUGGUCAGCGGCGCUGUUCUACUCAUAGUGGCUGGUCUCAUAACUGGGAUCAUAGCUGGCCUCGGGUUUGUGGGAGCCUGCAUGAAGUGGCGGCCAUUGCUGGUUAUAUUUGCUAUCAUCCUCGUCCUCAUUAUCCUCAUUGAGGUCAUUACUGGUAUCAUUGGGUUUGUCUUUCGUGAUACUUUACGCGAGAGUUCUGGGGAUGAGUAUCAGACAAGACUCAACAAUACUAUCAGGGACUAUCGCCGGAAUCAAGAUGAACCUGAUUAUGAUGAGAAUCUAAACAAUGCUAUGGACACGCUCCAAAAUACAUUGGAAUGCUGCGGUACAUUUGGUCCAAGUGACUGGGGGACACUCAAUGGUGACUUUAUAUUUGAAAAUACAGGAAGGCUCCCUAGUUCAUGUGACUGUGACAUUAAUGAUGAUGACAACUGUGGGAUGGUCUCCUUCACCUACACAUACAACAAUACAGUGACCAUGACAUUCAAUGGGACAGCUUGGACUCAAGGAUGUUAUGAAGCUACGAUUGAUACUGUGGUCUACACUGCUGCUGUCUUUGGUGCUGUUGGUAUGGCCUUUGGUCUUUUUGAGAUCAUUGGAGUGUUCAUUGCCCUUGGUCUCUGUUGCUGUAUAACAUCAGCAGGCAAAGAAGAAUACGUCUAACUCUAACCAAACUUUAAUAAACUAUAUCUACUCCUUUUGAACAAUGAUAAAUGAUUUUCCUUUAUUUUUAAUUUUGGAUCUUUUUUAUUUGACUAUGAGGCCUUUUGUUGUUUUAAGAUAAA